UCAGUCAGUCAUCAUUUUUUUAAGGCUAAUCAUGACUUCAUAUAUCAGAUAUUUAGUUAUUUUUGUUUUUUGUCUCAUUUCAUAUAUUCAUACAGAAGAUGAUCGGGCACUGUUGUACAAAACAAAUGAACAACUCAGGGAUGAAUCUUUGGGUACAAUCAAUUUGGAUGAUUUGGGAAAAAUGUUUACCAAAUUGAUGGACGAUAUCAAUAACGGUGCUCAUGAUAGUGAUUCCUGUAGCGGAUGUAACGUAUCCUUGACUUACGCCCGUAUACUCAUCAAGGAUGGCGGCAUAAUUAGGUUGGUGUCGGGCAGCGCCUGCAAAAAUGUCAAACAAUCACAACGGGUGUGCAGUGGUGUACUAAACCUAAUGUCCGAUUCGUUGGCCUUUAUCUUUCAACACACAAAACUAACGACACCCGAGAUGUGCGGAGCACUGUUACAUCCAGACUGUAUGACUCAAUUGAAACAACCGAUGAGUCCGAAAUUGAUAUGGGAGUUACCAUUGCCACCAAAGAAACCGUUCACUCCUAAGACUGGUCCGAAGGAAGAGCUCAAAAUGAUUCACGUGACUGACGCUCAUCUGGACUUGUGGUACACUCCCGGCUCGAACUCCAUGUGCAACGAACCCCUAUGUUGUCGGUCGACGUCUUACGGACACAACAGUUCGGCCGGCUAUUGGUCACAGUGUCUGCACAACUGUGAUACUCCCAUAUCGUUUGCUGAAUCGUCCAUUGAAGACAUGGCCCGCAAACACCAAGACCUUGAUUUUGUCAUCUGGACGGGCGAUAAUAUACCGCAUGACGUGUGGAAUACCACCCAAACAGUCAAUCUUUUGCAUAUUGACGCCAUGACUAAUGCUAUUAAAUCUUCGUUUAGCGAUAAAAUGGUGUUUCCCUGUUUGGGUAAUCACGAGACACAUCCAAUCAAUAUGUAUAUCCCCACUGAAGUGUCAGCCAUAUCUAACGGAACAUUUUCAAUGAGUUGGUUGUACGACACACUGGCAGAUAACUAUUGGUCGAAAUGGAUUAACACAGAAGCAGCCAAACGAACCUUUAAAAAGGGUGGCUAUUAUUCAGCACAGGUUAAUGAGGCAUUGAAGGUGAUAGCAUUGAACAAUGCAAUGGCCCAGAGAGGCAACUAUUGGGUCGGCUAUGAUCCGGUCGAUCCUGAUGGACAGAUCCAAUGGCUUAUUGACGAGUUGGAUAGUGCAGAAACACAGGGACAGUAUGCUAUGAUUAUAGGACAUAUACCACCGAAUGAAUGUUAUGUAGCAUGGACAAAUAACUAUUAUCGUAUAAUGGAACGGUACCAACACUUGAUUGUGGGCACCUAUUUUGGUCACACACACAAAGAUGAGAUACUAGUGCUCUACAACAUAGAUAAAGACAACAAACCGUAUGCCGUCUCACACGCCUACCUCGGCUCCAGUCUCACCACUUAUUCCGCCCUCAACCCGGGCUAUAGACUCUUCACAUUAGAUAAUAAGGGAGAGCCGAUAGACUUUACGAUGUAUUACUCGAAUGUUACCGAAGAUAACAUCGAAGGCCGCAAAGUAUUGCCGAAGUGGUCGUUCGGCUAUUCGGCUAAACAGAGCUAUCAAUUGGAGUCACUGUCAACCAAAUCGUGGGAUGAGUUCAUCACCAAAGCCAAGACCGACGAUAAUCUUACGAAAACAUAUUUCCAGCGUUUCUAUCGAUUCAGUGAAGCCUUUCUCGUGGAAAACCAGUACACCAUUGAAGACAUGCGACAAAACCUACAAAAUAGAAAAGCCGUUAAUCCUAUACAUGAUAUCAAAUCCGAGUUAUAAUUAUUUAGAUAAUUAUAUAUAUAAUCAU